AUGAACCCAAUAUAUAAGCAGCCAAAUUGUGGAUUCCAUAUCAUUUGUGAGGGUUCACUCAUAGAAACAGCAAUGGCCAAGUUCGCAGUUAUUCUCGCCGCUUUGGUAGCUGCAGCUCAUAGCUCAGCUGUGCCCGUCGUUAAAGUAGACGAAGACUCUUCAAGCUUUUCCUACGACGUGGCCGAUCCCAUCUCAGGUGACUAUAAGAGCCAAGUGGAGUCUCGCGUCGGCGGAGUUGUCAGAGGACAGUACUCCCUGGUCGACCCCGACGGCACCCAGCGCAUUGUUGACUAUACUGCAGAUGAUGUGAACGGAUUCAACGCUGUAGUUCGCAAGGAACCUUUAGCUUUAUCUACUAAAACUGUGGUUGCCUCUACUCCCACUGUGGUUACCGCGUCACCCUCACUGGUUGAGGCCACUCCGUCUGUGGUUGCUGCGCGUAACUUUAUCCUUCCCAAUGUCUAUAGUGCCUCAUCUCCAUUUUUAGCAAAAACAUACGCGGUGCCAUCAGUGUACUCUGUGUCACCCUCUGUAUACUCUUCUGGAGCAUACGCCCAUUCCUUCGCUUCACCAGUCUACUCAACAUACGGAUAUCCUGGGAUUUCCUACAACUAUGUU